GCUAAUUUCUAUUAAACAACCGAUUUAUUUUUCGUAUUUAAAGAAUGGCCGAAAAUAUUCAAACAAAUACUACUAAUCAAUCAAAUGAUCCAGACAAGUGGGUGGUUCGUCCUUCUCGUAUGGAAAAAGAUGACAAAAUUGAAAGCUAUCUAAAUGAAUUUAGUAGAAUUGCGAAGGCUAAUAAUUGGACUGAUUGUCGAAGUGCUGAUAUUUUUCAAGCUAUGCUUCGUGCAGAUUCGGAAGCUUUACAAUUAUUUGAAGAUUUAACCGAAUCAGAUCAAAAAUCAUUUUCCAAAAUUAAACGAGCUUUCGAAGAAAAAUUCAAACAUAAUAUGGUUGCAAAUAUUAUGAAACUAAUGUUCAUUCAAAGAGAUAGAAACGAAUCAUUAAGUAAACUUCUUCAAAGAACAACUACAUGUGUUGAACGGGUUUAUCCUAAUUUCGCGAAAUUAAAUAAGACACAAUUGGUUCGAAAUCAUUUCAUGGCUGCAUUAGAUUUGAAGUUACGUGAAAAAAUUAUAGCGUUAUCUGAGCUCCCAAGAACAGCAAAUGAUGUUCUGGCUAAAGCUGAAGCUUUUGAAAAUGCAUCAAAAUGUCAUUAUAAUCGUAACGAAAAUUCAUUUCAAAAACCAUCGUCAUCGUCUAAUAAUAACAAUAAUAAAAAUAACAACAAGAAAUCAAAUAAAUUUUGUGAGUACUGUAAAAAAACUAAUCAUAAUACUGAUGCUUGUUAUUCAAAAAAGAAGAAAGAAAAAAAAGAUAAAUCUAAAAAAGAUGAAGUUUCAAAUAUCAAAUCAGAUCAAAUGGUAAUGAAAAUUAUGAUUGAUUUCAAAAAUAAAAAACAUCUAGCUAUUAUUGAUUCGGGCAGUAGUAUUUCAUUUUUUCCAAAAAAUCUUAUUGAUUCAUCUAAAUUGGUUAAUUCCGAGAAAAAUGUAUCUGCUGUAUCAUUCACAAAUGAUCCGAUAUCGAUUAUUGGUGUUUAUAAAGAAACAAUUAAAAUUGAAAAUGUGAAAUGUAAAUGGGAUUUCUAUGUCGCAAAUAAUAAUGAUUAUUUUCUGAUUGGUUUCGACUUUCUUAGUUCAAAAAAUUCAAGAUUUCUACUGAUUUUGGGUUAUUUAAAAUUUCGAAUGGUCGAACCGAAGGUCAAACUAAAAUAUUGCGAUCUACAGAUAUAAAUUCACAUGAUUAUCAACAAUUUAAUAAUUUGAUCAUUUCUACUGAUUCUGAUAAAAACGAAGAUAUUGAACAAUGUGUUAUC